UCCACUCGGUUCUCUUAAUAAUAUACGAAAGACAUGCUAAAUUUUCAUAAUAUACUUCCAAUUAUAUCUUCCAUAUCUUUCUUAUGUCCUAAUUUUAACAUGUUCUCCCUGUUAUCUCAAAUGAAAACUCGACCUGUUCGGACCAGAUACUAAAUUACCAACCCAUCCAAAUCAACACAUAUCAUAGCCACAAACAUGACAUAUUGAAUGAAGUUCAUACACGAACACUCAAUUCCCACCACACUCCUAUGAGGACCGAAUCUUCGAGUACUCAACUUCAACUUAUAUAAACCUCAUGAUGUCAACCAAAGAUGAGCUCAAUCGACAAUCAUUCUCUUCGUCACCUCAGUACCCAAAAGCUCUGAAUCCCAAAAAAUGGGUUCCCUAACCAUGACUCCACAAGUAACCCACUUCGUCUUAUUCCCAUUCAUGGCGCAAGGCCAUCUAAUCCCCAUGGUCGACAUCGCCAAGCUCCUCGCAUCCCGCCCCGGAGUCCACGUCACCAUCGUCACCACGCCGCUCAACGCCGCUCGAAUCAAAUCCUCAAUCGACCGUGCAGUCAACGAAUCACACCUUCUCAUCAACCUCGUCCAGCUCCGUUUCCCCUGUUCCGAAGCAGGGCUCCCGGAGAAUUGCGAGAACAUCGACAUGCUGCCUACCCUGAACUCCGCCAUUGGAAUCUUCAAGGCCGCAGCUUUAAUGGAGCCAGAGGUGGAAUCCCUCUUCGAAACAUUAAACCCACCACCGAGCUGCAUCAUCUCCGACUUCUGCCUCGCUUACACCAACAGGGUAGCGAAGAAAUUCAGCGUUCCGAGGAUCAGCUUCCACGGGUUCUGCUGCUUCAACCUCCUCUGCCUCCACUGCAUCAAGCUCCACGGGGAGGAGGUGGAUCGGCUUAGUGCGGGCUCCGAGGACGAGUACUUCGUCCUCCCGGGUUUUCCGGGAGGAAUCGAAUACACGAGGGCGCAACUUCCUAUGCGCCCUGCUAAUGGAGGAAGUGGGGAAACGAAGGAUGAAGUAGUUGUGGAUGAUAUAACGAAGGCAGAGUCGGAUGCCUAUGGGGUGAUUGUGAACACGUUCGAGGAGCUGGAGGCAGAGUACCUGAAGGGUUACAAGGAGGCAAAACAGGGGAGGGUAUGGUGUGUUGGGCCCGUUUCCCUUACGAAUCGACUUGAAUUGGAUAAGUUGGAAAGAGGGAACUCCUCGUCGUCGACUGCUACCGUGGACCAAUGUAUAAGUUGGUUGGAUGAGAAGGAGGAGAAUUCGAUAAUUUAUGUCUGUUUGGGUUCGAUAUGCAACCUCUCGUCUGUGCAGCUGAUUGAGCUGGCAUUGGGAUUGGAGGCGUCGGAGAAAGAGUUCGUGUGGGUGAUUAGGGAGACCGAGAAGACGAAGGAGCUAUUCGAGUGGAUGACAGAUGAAGGAUUUGAAGAAAGGGUUUCGGGGAAAGGGAUGGUGAUUCGAGGAUGGGUGCCUCAGGUUUUCAUCCUGUCCCACCCAUCGGUCGGGGGAUUCUUGACGCACUGUGGGUGGAAUUCUUCGUUGGAAGGAAUUAGUGUUGGGAUUCCCUUGGUUACGUGGCCUUUGUUCGCGGAUCAGUUCAGUAACGAGAAGUUGAUCGUCGAGGUGGCGAGAAUCGGUGUGAAAGUUGGAGCGGAGCGCCCGACUUAUAUUGAUGGGAAGGAAGUGACGGAAUCAGUUGUGACGAAGGAGCAAGUGGAGAGAGCAGUGAAAUUGGCCAUGGAUGGUGGAGAGGAAGGCGAAGGGAGGAGGAAGAGAGCGAGAAAACUUGCAGAGAUAGCGAAACAAGCCGUGAAAAACGAAGGAUCUUCUCAUAGGAAUCUAACCAUGUUGAUUGAGGAUAUCGCUCAACAACAAGAGGAAAGGAAAAUGUAAGGAGGGCAUGAAUGCUUUGCAAAAAAUUGAAGAUUCAAGAUCCAUUCAAUCAUAAAAAUUUAUAAUUUGGCAAUUGAUACAUAUAAUGGACAAGAAUGAAGAAGCAUAAUCACAAAACUCUUCUUUUCUUGUGAACAAAGUAACUCAAGAAUGAUUCCUCAACUUCCGAUUCAUAAGGUGUUUCAGAGAUGUUGUAGUUCUCGUCUUAGAUUCAAGAGCUCAAAGACAAAGAUUUCCCAAGUGACUGCAAUAGUUGGUUGAAUAUAGAAACCCUAAGUUA